GCCAUGAGCCAGCCGAGUUCCCCCUCCUCUAGACCCGCGCUGACACUCCGCCUGUCCCCCUGACACACACACACACACACACACACACACACACACACACACACACACACACCACACGAUACCACGCCACACCACCAUGAAGAGGCAAAACGUGCGGACCCUCGCCCUCAUCAUUUGCACCUUCACCUACCUGAUCGUCGGCGCCGCGAUCUUCGACGCGCUGGAAUCACAGGAGGAGAUGAGCCAGAGGAAGAACCUGGACCAGAAGAAGGAGAAGCUCCGCGGGACCUUCAACUUGUCCGAGAAGGACUUUGACGAGCUGGAGAAGGUGGUGCUGCAGCUGAAGCCGCACAAAGCCGGGGUGCAGUGGAAAUUCGCCGGCUCCUUUUACUUCGCCAUCACUGUGAUCACAACCAUCGGAUACGGUCACGCAGCCCCCAGCACAGAUGUAGGGAAGAUGUUCUGCAUAUUCUACGCCCUCCUGGGCAUCCCUCUCACCUUGGUCAUGUUCCAGAGCGUCGGCGAGCGGAUCAACACUUUCGUCAGGUACCUGCUCCACCGCCUGAAGAAGUGCCUUGGAAUGAGGCGCACCGAGGUCUCCAUGGUCAACAUGGUGAUCAUCGGUUUCAUAUCCUGCAUGAGCACUCUGUGCGUGGGGGCGCUGGCCUUCUCCCAGUUCGAGGGAUGGAGCUUGUUCCACGCCUACUACUACUGCUUCAUAACGCUCACCACCAUCGGCUUCGGGGACUACGUGGCGCUGCAGAACCAGCAGGCCCUGCAGAACAAGCCGGAGUACGUCGCCUUCAGCUUCAUCUACAUCCUGACGGGCCUGGCCGUGAUCGGAGCCUUCCUCAACUUGGUCGUGCUGCGCUUCAUGACCAUGAACGCCGAGGACGAGAAGAGGGACGCCGAGCAGAGGGCUCUCCUCGCUCACAGCGGCCAGGCGGGAGGACACAUCAAUUGCUCCGCCGACCCGGCCUCCUCCUCCUCCACGCCGUCCGGGUGCGGCGGAGGGAGCGCGGCCGGGGGCAGCGGGGGAGGAGCGGCGAGCCGGGGGCUGCGGAACGUUUACGCCGAGGUGCUCCACUUCCAGUCCAUGUGCUCCUGCCUUUGGUACAAGAGCAGGGAGAAGCUGCAAUACUCCAUACCCAUGAUCAUCCCGCGGGACCUCUCCACCUCGGACACCUACAUGGAGCAGGGAGAGGCUUUUUCCAACCCCCUCCACUCCAAUGGCUGCGUGUGCAGCCUGCAGCACCACUCAGGCAUCAGCUCAGUGUCCACUGGUUUGCACAGCAUCAACACCUACAGGAGACUCAAUAAACGCAGAAGCUCCAUCUAGAAAAACCAGGAGAACGUUUGAAAUUCCACUUGUACUUGUACUUGUGCGGCCCAUGAAGUGAGGGGAGCGCCCUCCUACCGUGGUGAAAGAUGGGACUCCGUGCAGUGCUCCUGGCGUUUGCUUCUUCCUGGUCCUGGGCAGCCUGGUGCUGCAGACUCCAGCCAUGUAUUUAACUUCCAUUAGCUAAGCACAAACCAUUGAGCACCAACAUCGUUGCUGAUGUCACUGACACGUAACGCAAGUGGUUGUUUAAGAAGCAUCCGUUACACAAACUGCUGCUGUUAGAAGACAGCCGGGAAAAAAAUUUAAAAUAAAAAAAGUGCAUCUCUCUGCACCUCUGAGUAUUGAAUAUCUUUCAUGUAGUAAUAUGAAAAGGGACAAAAACACUGUGAGAUAUGUUUUUAAGAGGGAUCAGGGCGAACUAACUGUAUAUAAUACCCUGCUAAAAAAAAAAUAUUUUGUUGAAUAAACUUGCAGUUUUUCCACUAAAAAUAAAGGAAUCUUUGGUUGUAAGUAUUAAACUCACUUUAGUGAAACUGAAAUGUGUAUAUAGUUAGACACCUCACUAAUAGGUGUUGUUGAGGGAGAGCCUAUUUUUUCAGUCAGAGUUUUCAAAAAUAAUAAUAAUAACGUGUCUUCUCCUGUGUGUCUGUAACUACAGUUCAGGUUCAAUUCAAACCUUCGCGGUCUGCUUUGAGUUUCCUCGUUUUUUUUUUUUGUUCUUUUUUUCCUUUGAGAAAAAUCUCUUUACAGGUACGUAGAUGACAGAGAAUGAUUGAGCAGGUUUGCUUUGAUUGUCUUGAUGAAGAACAUGGACAUGCGACUGUGUCUUUAACCACUAGGCCUCCCCGCCACCCUUUUUUUAUCAGACCUCACUAUGAAUCUUCAUAGUUUCAUCCCGUGCAUCGAAUUAUUUUGUGUACAUGUCGCUCGUCAUACGUUUUCAUAUAGCACAACUAUAUUCUGAUAGUUUUGAACUAGAGCAUGUGCGCUCACCUGUGUAUAAUAGGAAGUCAUAUCGUUUUCACUGCUGCACCUUAGAGGACAGUUGUACAUGCUUUGAGACACUGGAGCUCAGUGCACAAUUAGAUUUUUUUUUUUUUUUAUUGGACUCACAUUAUUAUUAUUAAUAUCAUUUUGUUAUGUCAAUGUUAUGCCCGAAUUAAUUCUCUCUUGUAUUAGUAGUCAGAGGUGUUAGAUCCGAUACCUUGUUGUUGUUGAUAACUGAGAAUAUCAGCAGUGCACCUCACGAAUAAAUGGCCUCAGAGUUUGCACCUCAUGCACUUAGGGGGAUCUUUGCUCCAGCCCCAACUAAACACACUUGACUCAGCCAGCUGAGGUCUUUAUGCAGUGUUCAUUUUUAUUUUUUUGUUUUUGUUUUAGUCCUCGUAUUAUUUUUUCUUAUACAGUCUUAAUUUUAUUUUUGUAGUUUUACUUUACAUUGUCUCAUUUCUGUCACAUUUUCUUUUUUUUUUCUACUGGAAUGUUCUUAACUGCAAUAUGCCAGUUAACAUGGUUCAUUAUCUCUCAUUAAUCAAUGAGUGGUGAACAGUUGGCUAUACAUGUGUGACAUUUACAAAACUGUUUCAUUGUUUAACCAUAAUAAAAUAUUAUUUAAUUUAAGAGCAA